AUGUACAAAGAAAUGAAAUGCAAAAAAUGUAGAAAAGCUAUACUAAAUGAAAGCGAAGUUAAGCAGUUUGUUGAUGCACACAACAGUAAAUUCGAUAGUGAUCCCGAAGAGUGCGAUUCUAUAAGGAACGGAACGAAUGUUUAUUUGACCACGUACAAACUCCCUGCUUGGCUGCUGGAUCAAAUCGACGCCGAGAAUUGGACAAAGGGAAAAAUACAUUGCCCGCAUUGCCAGAAUAAAAUCGGUACUUUCGAUCAUAUAGGUGGUCAGAAAUGUUCCUGUGCAAAGUACGAGUUGGCACCGAUAUCAUUCGUUAAGAGCAAAAUAGAUUUAAUAAAAAAUGGUACUUCGUUAUAG